AUCAUUAUGAGGUAAAGUAGCAUUCUAGGGCUUCCUCCAAAUUUCCAAAAUCAUCAAAAAAUCGAUUUCUCUCUCUUCCCUUCUCAUGCGAUUUUACUCGUUUCUCUCUCUCCGAUACUCUGCAUCAUCUCGGAGACUUCAAUUCCGCCGUAUUCACCAAAGAAAGCCAAUUUUCUGCAGAAAGCCAACUUUCGUGAAGAAAAUGAGCACUCCAAUGGAGAUUUCAGUCUCUAAAGCUGAACGUACUGAAACUAAAAUCGAAAUUGAGACCAACAAAAACGCAAACGGCGUCGUUUUGGAGUCAGAAAGUUCGUCUCCGAUGAUACAGGAAAAACCUUCUCCCCUCAAUGUUCCCGUCACAGCUGCUUCUCCGGUUAUCGCCGACGAGAAGUUCCUCAUCUCAGUUGAAGUAUGCUUGAAACCUUCCAGUACAGCUCAAUUAGAUGAUGUCCGAACACGCGUCGAAAGAAUGCUAGAGAAAAGGAGUUUGAGUUACAUAAAUGGUCCUGUUCCUGUACCUGAUGAUGACCAAUUUCUAGUAGAAAAUGUGCAAAGGAUUUGUAUUUGUGACACAGAUGAAUGGGUGAAGAAUGGUGAAGUUAUAUUAUUCUGGCAGGUCAAACCACUUGUACAUGUGUAUCAGCUUAGUGAGGAAGGUCCUUGUGAGGAGUUAGGAGGAGAUGGUCAACACUCCAGCUUUAAUGAAUGGGCUCUGCCAGCUAAAGAGUUUGAUGGAAUGUGGGAAAGCUUGAUCUUCGAAUCUGGACUCAAGGAAAGAUUGUUGCGAUAUGCAGCGAGUGCGUUGCUUUUUAGUGAAAUGGGUGUCAAUCCUUUUCUUGUGUCCUGGAAUCGAAUCAUUCUUCUGCAUGGACCUCCAGGAACGGGAAAAACAUCACUAUGUAAAGCUUUGGCUCAGAAACUAUCAAUACGGUUCAGCUCCAGAUAUCCACAAUCCCAGUUGAUUGAAGUCAAUGCUCAUUCUUUGUUCAGCAAAUGGUUUUCAGAAAGUGGCAAAUUGGUUGCUAAACUUUUCCAAAAUAUUCAAGAAAUGGUUGAGGAUGCAAACAAUCUGGUGUUUGUCUUGAUUGAUGAAGUUGAAAGCCUUGCAGCUGCUAGAAAAGCUGCCCUGUCUGGUUCUGAACCCUCUGAUUCCAUUAGGGUUGUGAAUGCUCUACUUACCCAGUUGGACAAAUUGAAAAGCUCACCAAAUGUGAUAAUCAUGACAACAUCCAAUAUUACUGCAGCUAUAGACAUUGCUUUUGUCGAUAGGGCAGAUAUUAAAGCUUAUGUAGGUCCUCCAACCUUGCAAGCACGUUAUGAGAUACUGCGAUCUUGUUUGGAAGAGCUUUUAAGAACUAAAAUACUGAAUAAUUUCCAGGAUAAACCACUUGAUAUUGUGACUUUUCCUAGUCUCAAGGAAAAGUUGCAGCUAUGUGAAAUACAAGAGGCUCAGGAUUCAUUGACAUUGGCUAGGCGAUUGCUUGAAGUGGCGGAAGCAUGUGAGGGUCUGAGUGGACGAUCAUUAAGAAAGCUUCCAUUUUUGACGCACGCAGUUGUAGCUCAUACCUUCGACUGCGAUCCUGUCAAGUUCUUGUGCACAAUGAUUGAUACAGCUAAAAGAGAGCGUUCUGAGCUACCUGACUGAAUAUUCACGUAUCAUUUGUAUCAACAUCUUUUGUUGUAUCAAGUUGAAAAAGGGAGGGUUUGAUGGUGUAGGGUUCUUAUAUUCAUCAAAUUCAUUGUAGUUUACUAGUUUCUCACCUUAUCUUAAUCUUGCUCCCUGAAAAUGUGGAGAUCAUAUGUAUCUUUAAUGGCAUUGUACAGAAUUGGAUCAUAUGCAAAUUGGGAAGUGUUGAGAAAACUGGUGCAUAGUGGUCCUUUGUUAACUUAAUUCUAUAAUAUUGUUACUUAGCCACAUAAGGGAUCCUAUUUCGAUAAAAUAGAUGUAUAAAUGUAUAAUGAAAUUAGCAAGAGAAUCAAAUAUGGAAGAUCAUAUCCAAGUAUCCAACCCCUCAACCAAGAUAGUGGUGGUCAUUGGGUGGAUUAGUCAAAUGAGAACCAAACACAGGACUAUCCCAUUAAAAGUAGCAAAAGGGCUAGGUCAUAGAUUUCUUAGAUUUUU